CAGGCUUUACACAUCGCAGUGUUCUGUCCUGGAACUCUGACAGGAGUGGACACACACACUCAUACGCGCACUCCCUCUCUCGCACACAUACCUGCAUCACAGAGGGUAGACAUUCUCCAUCACUGUCUGCAACCCCCCCCCCCCCCCCCCCCCCCCCCCCCCCCCCCCCCCCCCCCCCCCCCCCCCUCGAUUGGACCAUGUCCACGUCCUCGUCUGGAUCGACCAACCACAACAAGCGUCAGUCAUUGGAGACAGACAACUCUCAGAUUGCGUUGGACAAUGACUCAACCCAGCAUCUGAAGCUGAGGGAGAGACAGCGCUUUUUUGAGGAGGUGUAUCAGCACGAUAUGGACUUCCUCCUGUCCUCGGCUCACCUGCACAUUGACAGCAGGAAACCUCCCAUGGGCAGUAUCUCCUCUAUGGAGGUGAACGUGGACAUGCUGGAGCAGAUGGACCUCAUGGACAUCUCUGACCAGGAAGCUCUGGAUGUGUUCCUCAACUCUGGGGCCAACAACAGCCCACUGGCCUCCCCUUUACCAGAGGUAGAUGAUGAAGAGGAAGAGGAGGAAGAUGAGAGUAAAGUAGUUGUCUACAGGGAGCGUGUGCCAACUUGCGACAUUCGCCGGGGGUCAAAAUCUCGCAUGUCAUCCACCUCUUCCGGUUCCAGUGACACCAGCGGGGGAGGGACCGACACCCAUGUGGUCCAAUCAGAUAACGAGGAGGUGCACGCAGACACCCUGUUGCUGACCUCCGUGCCUCGAACAAAAGAUGAAGAGGCAGAGGAAGAAGAUGAAGAGAAGUGAGGCCUGUCCGCUCCGUUGUCAUAGAGACACAAGCCACUCAGCUGUUCUGACUGUUGUCAAUGACAACAAGGAGAGGGUAAACAGACUAACUCGGAGAUCCAUACAUAUACAGUACCAUCACUUCCUCUUUACAUGUUACUGUGCGGACGCCCCUGGAAUUCCUUGUGGGAAACCCCUAGCAUGGACAACCCUUGUUAUUCUUUGGUGUGUUGUUAUGGGUCAACCCACUGGGCACAGACACCAUUUAAACGUCAAAUGUUUAUUUACAUUUGGUUGAAAUGUCAACUAAUGUGA